GAGAGGGGGCGAGCGGUGUUUUCCGGCCGUGCAGCUUCCCCGGGCUGGCGGCUGUGCCCCGUCGGGGCUUGGCCCUCGUCCGUGCCUUGCCGGGAUUUCUGAAGGGCGUUGGGAGGGUUCUUGUGCCCUUUGUGAUCCUUCGCCUUACUCCGGUAACUGGUGAGAGUGAGCGUUCGCUUUUCUUUGGAGGAAAUGUAGAUUUCCCCUGUGACGGCUUUUCUUGGAGGGAGUUCCUUAAUUUACGGGACCGCAUACUAAAGGUUACUUAGAAAUUCCAGGACUUGACUGUGCAGUGUAACAGGUUUGGGAUUUUGUUAAGCAAUGUACAGGUUUAAACUUUAAACUCAACAAGAAAUUAUUUAAAACUAUGUGCUGCUUAGGAAAAAUACAAGGCUGCGAUUUCAGUGGUUAAUUAAUUCUUGGUUUUCACUCUUGAAUGUGUUAGAAGACAAACUGUGGAGAGGAUAGCUUAUAAUUGUAUCAAAAAAGCACAAAUACAGCUAAUUCUAAAUUUGGUAUAACUUGAGAAUAAUUCUCAUUAAAUUUAGUUUUGGGGCAGAAUAUAGUGUAGUUAUAAAAUGCCAAUGCUAAAUGUUUUCCUUGAGAAAGUUAAUUUCAAAUCAAUGGUGCAUACUGUGGGGAAGAGUGCAUUUUUCCAUAAAACAAGGUGUUUUCUGUAGGUCCAGCUGAAAGCUGAAGCCAUAACACCACCCAUGAGUGAGCAGCACUAGUUGCGUGCAUCCAUGGCCUCUGUGCCAGUAAUUCCAGAUUCUUACAACCAUGUCUUGGCAGAGCUGGAGUGUUUGGAUCCAUUGCUUUCUGCGCUCAGGCUGGAUUCCAGUCAUCUCAAGUGCACGUGUAUAGAUGUGUCAAAGAGAUGGCUGGCUCUAGGCAGCUCAGGAGGAGGGCUGAACCUUAUCCAGAAGGAUGGUUGGAAGCAAAGACUCUUUCUCACUCACAAGGAAGGUGCUGUUUCCCGGGUGGCCUGUUGUUUGUAUGAUGAAGACUAUGUUGCUGUUGCCACCAGCCAAGGCCUCGUAGUAGUCUGGGAGCUGAAUCAGGAACGUCGUGGGAAGCCAGAACGUAUUUACAUUUCCUCUGAGCAUAAGGGCAGAAAAGUCACAGCUCUGUGCUGGGAUACAGCUGCCCUUCGAGUUUUUGUAGGAGAUCAUGUGGGAAAAGUAUCAGCCAACAAGAUUAACACAUCGAAACAAGGAAAGGCUACUGCUACUUUUGUGAUGUUUCCUGUCCAGAUUAUAACCACUGUAGAUUCUCGGGUAGUUCAGCUUGAUUAUUUGGAUGGAAGGCUGCUCAUAUCUUCGCUUACCCGCACUUAUUUAUGUGAUACUGAGAGAGAGAAGUUCUGGAAGAUUGGUAAUAAAGAGAGAGAUGGAGAAUUUGGAGCAUGUUUCUUCCCUGUUGGAAAAAACAGUGGGAAUCAGCAGCCAUUAAUAUACUGUGCUCGACCUGGCUCGAGGAUGUGGGAGGUGAACUUUGAUGGGGAAGUGCAAAGCACACAUCAUUUCAAGCAGCUGCUCUCGUCACCACCUCUUCCUGUUGUUACUCUCAGGCAGGAUCCUCAUUAUACUGGUUCCAGCUGCUCUCCACAGUCUUUAUCUUUCCCCAAGCUGCUGUAUUUGACUGAGCACUGUGUGGUGACCUGGACAGAAAGAGGCAUUUAUAUUUUUCUUCCCCAAAGUGUUCAAGUCUUACUCUGGAGUGAAGUUAAAGAUAUUCAGGAUAUUGCAGUUCACAAGAGUGAGUUGUUCUGUCUGCAUAGAAAUGGGAAAGUUGUGCACCUCUCCCUUCUGCUGGUCGAUCGGUGCGUAGAGCGUCUGAUGAGAAGAGGAUUCUGGACCCUCGCAGCCAGGGUCUCUUGUCUCUUCCAAAAUUCAAUUGUUUCUUGCAGAGCAAGAAAAAAUUUGCCUCUAGACAAGCUGGAGCACUUGAAGUCUCAGCUGGAUGCUUCAACCCAGCAAGAUAUCACUGUGCAACUGGAAGAACUGAUUUCAAAGUUGGAACCUCUAGAUUCUGCAUGCAGCAGUAGAAGGAGCAGUAUUUCAUCUCAUGAAAGCUUCAGUGUCUUAGACUCUGGAAUCUACCGCAUUAUCAGUCGAAGGGGCAGUCAGUCAGAUGAAGACUUGUGUUCCGUCCACAGUCAAACAUUCUCAGAAGAUGAGAGACUUAAAGAAUUUUCUGUACACCAUGAAGAUGAGCAACUAGAACUUGAGAACAUAUCUCAUGCAUCUGUGGUGGUUGAGGCUGACCGGAAUGAGACAUUUCUCCCAUUCAGUAUUCCUUUGUCAUUCCGUUCCCCAUCUCCUCUCGUCUCUCUCCAAGCUGUCAAAGAAAGUGUUUCUAGCUUUGUACGCAAAACCACAGAAAAGAUUGGCACGCUUCAUAUAAGUCCUGACUCUAGAGGGAAGCAUGAAGCAAAGGAGGAUGAGCAGCUGCCAGAACUAACUCUUAAUCCAGUAGCAUCUCCCCAGGAAGAAAACGAGUCAGAAUCCCAGAACAGCCAGCUUCCUGAGGAGGACCAUCUGAGAGAUCUCAAGGCUGCAACAGCAGAAACUAUAGCCAAGCUCCAGGAUACCCUGGUUUUGUUAGAACCUCAGUGUAUGAGAAGGGUCUUACAGAAAUGGCUUGUCUAUCUAGAAGAAAAAUUUAGCAAGGAGCAUUCUGCUUUGUCUGUUAAGAAAAGCGGGGCUGUGUGUGCUGAAGAACAGAGAGCAGUCCUGGAGGAAAACCUGCAAGUAGCUCCAGCUGACAGAAACCCUGUAGACAAGGCACAGAGUGGUGUGUUGGAAGACAGCAUUAAAAAAGAAAAUACUGACGAAACCUGUGUGAGCAGAAGUGCAAAUGGUACGGAUGUGACAGAGCCUCUGGGCUGCGACUUCCGGGUGUCUGUUCCGUGUACCAUUGAACCUGAUGUUCUGAAAGAUCUUGUGGAGUUGACAACUCUGUGCUUUGAGCUGCGUGUCUUUUCCUGUGGGAGCGGUGAGGCUGAGGAGAGCUCUGAGAGAAGUCUGCCAUCAGCAGCUUCAGGGACCCUGGCUUGUAGGUUUUUGAGAAGCUACUUCUUCCUUUUGGAUUUGAAGAGAGUAAAGCAGAGUAUUAUAACCACGUGUGCCACCUGCCCUAAUGUAUGGGAAACGUACAUUGCAGGAUUGAAAGAACUAACUUGUCACAGUCCAGUGGCUUUAGCAAUGGAAAGUGAAGAUAUGUUGAAAAUACUGAAGCUGCUGCAUGACCUGGGGCCGUGGGAUGACAGCUCACUGUUGUUGGCUCAUGCUCAAAGGCUUUAUGAAAAAUUUGGGGAAACAGCUCUUCGGCCCUUGAUCAAGUUCCACCCCUCUGUUUUGCCUUCUGAUAUUAAACAGCUUUGCAGGAAUGAUCCAGCUCACUUUCUAGCAUAUUUAGAUAGUCUGGUGAAAUCAAAGCCAGAGGAUAAAAGGCCAUUUCUCCUUAGAUCUUUUCUGCAGCCGGAAUCUGUACAGUUGGAUUGGUUGUGCUUGGCAGUUUCUCAUGAUGCUCCACAAAGGGCAAACACUAUUGAUGAGGACGGAAAUCCCAGGCCACGAUCACAUUUGUUUACUUGGGGCUACAGCCAGCUCAUUCUGCUCUUGAUUAAGCUCCCAGCUGAUUUUGUUACGAAAGAGAAGAUGGCUGACAUAUGUAAAUCACAUGGAUUUUGGCCUGGAUAUCUUUUUCUCUGUCUGGAACUGGAUAGAAGAGCAGAAGCCUUUACUAAUAUUGUUCAUUUGGAUGAUCUGAGCCUGUUGAAUGGAGAAGAUGGCUCCAUUCCAGAGACCAUAGAAGAAUGGAAAUUUGUUCUUCAUCUUGCACGGAAUCACAGCCCAGCUUUCCACCACCACAGCCCACAGAAUAGGAAUGCUGUCAGCAAUGGAGGCUCAAACUUCCCGGACUGCAUCACUGUGGAAAGUGUUGCUCUGUUGCUGGCCAAGGCCAUUGGCCCAAAUCGUGCCUUGCCUCUAUUGCAGGAGUGUGGCUUGGCACUAGAAUUGUCUGAGAGAUUUACUGGUGUCUGUGAGAUACUGAGAAUUGCUGAGAGAAGGCAGAGAGCGCUGAUUCAGUCCAUGUUGGAAAGGUGUGACCGGUUUUUGUGGUCUCAGCAAGUAUAGAAAACAACUUGGGGAGAACUCUGAGAACAUUUUAUACUGUAAUGACUGUAUAUUCAAAUGCCUCCUAAACUUCACAGGCCCUUAAAAAUAACAAACUCCUGUCUAGAAGUUCAGUUAUACUGAGCCAGCCUCCAUCUGGCAGGUAUCUGACCUGGAAGCAGUGACAAUUCUUCCUUAUUCCUUUGGAGAUGACUUCUGAACUGUAGAACAUUGAUGAAAACAAGUCAGUAUUUAUCUUGAAAUUAAGCUCACAGAUUUCCAAGGUGAAAAUUGCUGCAUUUAUUUUCUGAGUCUAUAACUUAAGUGUUUAGAGAUAUGAACCCCUAAGUACUAAAUUAUGGUGUAUAAAUUUUUGUUUCUUUGUUUGCAAACUUGAGAAAGCAUUCCUGAGAAGUAUCUAAGCCUAUACUUGUUUAACUUUCCUGUAAGUGACAUUUACCUUUACUGCUGCUGUAGAAGUGUCUGUUAUGGUACGUGUUGGUUUUUUUCCCCUUCUUAAAUUAUAGGGACAGGCCUUGUCUAUUUGAAAUACAUUAACCAAGCCAAGUCUUAAAGUGGGAGGGAAAUAUUUUUAGGUCAUGGAUUUAUGGUUAAAAAUGCUGAUUAACAGACAAAUGUAUUAAAUGAACUUGCUGUUAAACUACAAGCACAAUAUUUCUAAAUUGCCCAUACCUCUUUGUGCACUGUGACUACAGACAUCAGUUGUGAUACUCCAACAAACCUUAGGCCAGUGGAAUUAGAAUCAGUCAUUUAAGUGGCAAAAGAUCCUGAAGAUCCAAUCCUCCAACCAGUAGCCUAGCACUGCCAAAUCCACCACACAACCAUGUCCCAAAGUGCCACAUCUACUUGGCUUUUAAAUGCCUCCAGUGAUGGUGGCUCCUCCACCCCUUCCCUGGACAGCCUGUUCCAGUACUGGACAAUGCUUUUGGUGAAGAAAUUUUUCCUGAUAUCCAAUCAAAAUGUCUCUUGGAGCAACUUGAGGCCAUUUCUUCUUGUCCUAUCCCUUGUUACUUGGGAACAAGAAACCCACCCUCACCUGGCUACAGCCUCCUUUCCAGGGAGUUGUUGAGAGCAAGGAAGUCCUAUCUGAGCCUCCUUUUCUCCAGGUUGAAUACCCCCAGCUCCCUCAGCUGCACCUCACAGGAUUUGUGCUCCAGACCCUUUACCAGCUCCCAUUUCCCUUCUCUGGACUUGCUCCAGCCCCUCAAUGUCUUUCUUGCAGUGAGGGGCCCAAAACUGGACACAGCACUCGUGGUGUGGCCUCACCAGUACAGGUGGACAAUCCCUGCUCUGGUCCUGCUGGCUGCACUAUUGCUGAUCCAGGCCAGGAUCUCACUGUCCCUCUUGGCUACCUGGGCACUGCUGGCUCAUGUCCAGCUGCUGUCACCAGCACCCCCAAGUUGUUUUCUGCCGAGCAGGUUCCCGGCCCUCUGCCCCAGCCUGCAGUACUGUCUGGGGUUGUUGUGACCCAAGGACAGGCCCCGGCCCUUGGCCUGCCUGACCCUCAGACAAUCAGCCUCAGCCUAUCAAUCCAGCCUGUCCAGAUCCCUUUGCAGAGCCUUCCUGCCCUCAAGCAGAUCAACACUGCCACCCAGCCUGGUGUGUCUGCAAACUGACUGAGGGGUACCCUCGAUCCCCUCAUCCAGAACACUGAUAAAGGGAUUAAACAGGACUGGGCCCUGCACCGAGCCCUGGGGAACAAACAGCACUUGGAGCUGGUCACGAGCUGGAUUUAACUCCAUUUCCCACCACUCUGGGUUUGAUCAUCCAGCCAUUUUUUUGCUUGGUGAACAGUCCACAUGUCUAAGCCAUGAGCAGCCUGUUUCUUCAGGAGAGCAUUGUGGGAAACAGUGUCAAAGGUUUUUCUUGAAGUCCAGGUCAACUUUGUAAUUCUACAGUUCUGACAUUUUGGGAAGUGAGAGGACUUAUUUUAAUAUUUUUGAAAGCUGAAGGUUUAUGUAAGUAUUUUUAGAUGGAUGCUGUCAAGGAAGAAGUAUUUUUUUAGGUAUCUGGUUGAAUAUGAAGACUCAUAAAAUCACUUGGAUUUUAUAUCUCAUUUACAGAACUGUGCUUUGUACUAGCAUUCUUUCUGCAUUUAAUACAUCUUUGAACAAAUUUCUUUUUAGGCUUCUAGUUUUGACCCUUUUCACUGACUCACAUUUUAAGCAGAGGGCUUACAGCACCUGGUCAAUAUUUGAUUUUCACAAAUAUAAUUUAAAUAAAAUUUAAUGCAUUAAUUUGAACUAAAUUUAAUUAAAAUUAGUAAUUUUAUUGUAAAAUUAUGUGAAAUACUGCUUUAUAAGGAAUCUUUUUAUGUAGUUUUGCAGCACUUGGAGUGCUAAAAUAAUAACUAAAAUAAUGCUUUUCAUCAAGACAGGACUGAGUACAACGUUUGGCCAUUUGAGAGAUGUGUUGUAGCACAUUAAUUGGGUUUAUUGUAUAUUGUGUUCCAUUUUUAUAUUGGGGUUUGUAAUGUUUUCUAUUGUAUCCCCUUGGAAACUCCCUUGGAAACUGUAUCACAUGGUUUGUCCAUGCUCAGCAGUGCCCAUCCCCCACAGUGGAAUGUAACCCAACUCUGUUCCACUCCCACAUUAUCCCUGAUUGGGUAGUGGCUUGUCCCUGCCUCUGGGCCUGUCCCCCCUGGGAAAAAGCCCCAGGACGACCGGGCUUGCUCUCUCUGGCACCAGCGUGGACGGGGAAAGAACUCCAGCUGGUAGGAGCAGGACUCCGGAAUAAAGCCUUGAUAAUCCCCCGGUGCAGGAGCAGGCUCUUUCCUUUUGCCAUCGGCAGUCAUCUGGGUCUCACUGAAGAAAUACAACAGAGAUGUAGUCUGCAGACUGUUUCAUCUUGUCUGCAAUAAAAACUUUGGUGAGGAGGGUUGGUUACUUUCCUAGAGGAAGGGAAGUUCCAAAGAGACAAUGAGUGUUAGGCUUUCAUCCAGAGUGUUGCUUGUGGAAAAGCCAACACAAAACUAUUUCUAAAAAAGAAAACUUUAAACCCCAGAAGUUUUAGAUUCUGCCAUUGGAAAUAGAAGGAUUUGUGCCAUCACGAAUACCCCAUGCAUCUUUGUUUGGAAGACAGGUAUCUGCUAGUGAGGGGCAGACCCUCUCUAGGAAUAGGGAAUUCAAUCCCUUCCUUCUAAGUUAUUAUAAUUUAGAAGAUUAAUGAGGCUUUUCAGUCAGAGCUAUGGGGAAAGGAAUAACAGUUCUUUACUAGUAAGUAUAACAAGGCAAACACACAACUACAGCAUUAAUAAUAAACAGAACUAGGAACCUCGAGGGGCUCUUUGUUUCACAAAGCCUGGGGCAGUCUGAUCUCUUGGGACCUCGAGAGCACCAAGCUGGAAUGGUGGAGAACUCCUGGGCUGGUGGCUGGAGUGGUGGGUGUCUCCAGCAGGCAAAGGGGGAAUGUCCUGGCAGGCAGGGGAGUGUCCCAGCAAAGUGAGCAGUACUGAAGAAGCCGUGACAGCUGGACAGGGCUGGCCCAGCUCCAGCAGGGUGGGCGAAGGAGUUCAGAAUUCCUAGGCACCCAAGCAGAUGAUGGUAAUCCCCCAGGACUGGACGUUGUGUUGACCGUGGACUUCUCCCGCAGCAAACUGCCACCUGACUGUCCUCUCUGAUGCCAAGAGCAAGGAAGAACCCUCAGCUCCCCCAGCCCUGUCCUUUUUUCCUCCCCUAAACAUCAUGCGACCUUCUCCCUCCCGGCCACGUCUUGUGUGGGUCAAGCACCAUCUAAGCACCAGCACUUUAUUUCCUAGUAACUCAUGGGGAAAAACUCUUUAAGACAAAAAGGAACAAACCUAACCCCCAACAUUAUCCACCCUGAAUUUUUUCCCAUACCAACACCUUAUAUUGAAUUUAAACCUUUAAAUUAUAUACAUAUACACAUGUGGGUAUGGAUACAGACACAGUCACAGUGUUCACCGUAAAACUAGGUCCCCUUGAUGUAUGCAUUGGAUUAAAGCUUCUGGGGCUUGGAUUGUGCCAUUGGAAAUAGAUGGAUCUGUGCCAUCAGGAAUACCCCAUGCUCUCACACUAAGACUUGGAACGGGAGCCAGGCACCUACCAGAUGAUGUUGGUGCCUUUUCUAUUCCCUGCCAGCUGAGCUGCUGCUGCCUCAGUUACCUACCUCGGGUUCAUGCAGUGUGUGGUGUAGCUGAGUGCUCCCCCUGCCUUCCUCAGAGGAAUUCCUGGAUUUCUGAAAAUGUGCCUGGCUUACCUCCGUAUGGUUCCACUUCAUUUGCUUGGUGUAUUUUGUGUACACUUCAGUCUCUUUCUUACUUCUGUGGGGGUUUUGUACACUUGGUUAACUUUGACUGAGAGUUGGGGCUUUUUAUGGUAUUUUUAUAGUAAAUCAUAAUUCCAGUUCGAGAUUUAAAAAAAACCCAAACAAACAACAACAACAAAAAAGUGUCAGAAGGGUCAUACAGGUAACAUAAUGGGAAGUGUGUGUUCAGAUUUUGCACCUAAAGU